GCUCCAAAGGGUAAAUGAAGCGGGAAAAAUACAUAGAUGCAGCAUUGCGUGCAGCCUCUCCAGAUGUUCGAGGAUAAUAUUCCAGAGAGAAAUUGAUUCCCUUGCAUUAGGUAACUGGUCAGAAUGAAGAAGAUUAGUCUUAAAACCUUCCGGAAAUCUUUCAACUUGAAUAAAAGUAAAGAAGAAGCGGAUUUUAUGGUUGUACAACAACCAUCACUAGCCAGUGACUUUGGGAAAGAGGAUUCCUUAUUUGGUAGCUGCUAUGGGAAGGAUAUAGCCAGCUGUGAUCUCAACAGUGAAGACGAAAAAGGCGGAAAGAGUAGAUCAAAAAGUGAAAGCCUGAUGGGUACGUUGAAAAGACGGCUGUCUGCGAAACAGAAGCCGAAGGGCAAGGGCGGCGCGCCCUCCGGGGGCUCCGCGGACGAGGACACCUUCUCUUCCUCCUCCGCCCCCAUCGUCUUCAAGGACGUGAGGGCGCAGAGGCCCAUGAGGUCCACCUCGCUGCGCAGCCACCACUACAGCCCCACGCCUUGGCCCCUGCGCCCCACCGCGUCGGAGGAGACGUGCAUCAAGAUGGAGGUGAGGGUCAAGGCCCUGGUCCACUCGCCCGGCCCGGGCCCGGCCCUGAACGGCGUGCGCAAGGACUUCCACGACCUCCAGGCCGACACCGCGUGCCAAGAACAGACGAACUCGCUCAAGAGUUCCGAGUCUCAGGAUGGGGACCUGCAUCUCCACCUGGAAGAACAUGUGCCUGUCGUUAUCGGACUCGUGCCUCAGGACUACAUUCAGUACACUGUGCCUUUGGAGGAGGGGAUGUACCCUCUGGAAGGACCGCGCGGCUAUUGUCUGGACGGCUCCUCCCCCAUGGAAGUCUCCGCGGUCCCUCCUCCAGUGGGAGGGGGCUCCUUCCCCGAAGACGAGAAUCAGGUAGACCCGGACCUCGUGGUGGCCCCAGAGAUCUUCGUGGACCAGUCGGUGAACGGCUUGCUGAUCGGCACCACGGGAGUCGUGCUGCAGAGCCCGAGGGCGAGUCCCGACGACGCCCCGCCACUCUCACCGUUGCUACCUCCCCUGCAGACGAAUCAGAUCCAAAGGAACUUCGGCGGGCUCGCCGGCUCCGACGCCCACGUGGCCGAAAGUAUGCGCUGUCACUUGAAUUUCGAUCCUAACUCUGCCCCCGGGGUUGCCAGAGUUUAUGACUCGGUGCAGAGUAGUGGUCCCAUGGUCGUGACAAGCCUUACGGAGGAGCUGAAGAAACUUGCGAAACAGGGAUGGUACUGGGGCCCCAUCACUCGCUGGGAGGCAGAAGGGAAGCUGGCCAAUGUGCCGGAUGGCUCUUUCCUUGUUCGGGACAGUUCUGACGACCGUUACCUUUUAAGCCUGAGCUUUCGCUCGCAUGGCAAGACCCUUCACACUAGAAUCGAACAUUCAAAUGGUAGGUUUAGCUUUUAUGAACAGCCGGACGUGGAAGGACACACGUCUAUCGUGGACCUGAUCGAGCACUCGGUCAGGGACUCCGAGAACGGGGCCUUCUGUUACUCCAGGUCUCGCCUGCCGGGCUCGGCCACCUACCCCGUCAGGCUGACCAACCCCGUGUCGCGCUUCAUGCAGGUGCGCUCCCUGCAGUACCUGUGCCGGUUCGUCAUCCGUCAGUACACCAGAAUAGACCUGAUUCAGAAGCUGCCUCUGCCAAACAAAAUGAAGGAUUAUUUACAGGAGAAGCACUACUGAGAGGCUAUGAGAACCCUGCGUCUUGCACUUGGGGAGGAAGAAAAAGAGAUUGAAAUACAGUUUACAGACUUUCCAUUGCUAUCAAAAUCUUUUGCUGCCAUACUGUUUCAGUUUUAUGUGUAAAAGAGUAACCAGUUCGUUUAGGGGUGGGGAAGUGUCGGCAAGGUGUCUUGGGUUUACUUUGGUUCUUUAAAAAGGGAAGUCUUGAGGUUUUAGAAGAGUGAACUAUCUUCCAUCAGUGUGCAGAAUAAUCACAAUGUGAAUGAUCAGAUUCUCCUUACCCACCCCGCCCCCAGUCCUUUGCUGCUAUCCACUGUGAUUUUUAUGCAUUAAAAGCACAUUUCAUGUGUAUUCAAUCCUAAGUAAAGUUAAAUGAAACUUAUAGAAUGAACAUUGUUAUGUCUCUUUCAAUGGCCCGUUUUCAAAGAUAGUGUUGAGUAAACAUAGCUGUGUGAUAAACCACAGAAGUCACACCCACACUGAAAAUGAUUUUUAAUUUCAUACUUCAGAAGGAUUUAUUUAGAAUUAUGAACUGACAUAAUCUUGGGUAAUGGGACAGAGAUCUGCUACAUAUCUUUUACAACAUUCAGUUCUAAAUUAUUUUUAAGGUUGUGCUGUUUUUUUGGUUGUGAGAAGUUGGACUUUUCUGUUGCCUUCAUUUUCAUCUUGUGGUUUGUCUGUUUUAAUAAAUGGCCUUACAGAAUUGUAAAGAAAUGUAUACCACCAAUUUAGAAAUUGUUGCCUUUUCUGUCAUUAAACUCUGGUACAAAUUGGCGUAACAUAUAAAGACCUAAUGGAACAAGAACUAUUAAAGAAAUACUAGAUGA